AGUUGUCAGUGGCAGUGAGGUUGUGUGUGUGUUUUUAUGUGUUUCUUAUUUUGUUCGCGAAAUUGGAUUACGGAGUAGAAAAAGGAAAGGAACUCGAUAAUUGGAUUUUCUAGACGGAAAGAUUGUUUUACCAUGAUCAGUGAACGAUACCAGCCAGCGUAAUAGUUUGUCGAACGUUUUGUUGUCCAGCAGCAAACAGUAGCUGUAGCAGUCCGCUGUUCCGCGAGUUUCACUCAGUUCGGCCCGUGUGCAGAAAUAUAAACAGAGUAUAGAAUGUUUUGAACGAAAGACCCCGUUCUGGAAAAAGUGUAAUGACGUGGUACUUGCUCUACCUCAACGGGCUCCGACAUCAGCGAUUAAGGCGAAUGAAAGCACUUCCCUAUGCAUGCACUAACAUUAGACCCGUCAGCAGAAGAUUGCAGCAGCAGCAACUUUCAAGAAUCGACGCGACGUCCUGCAUUACCACCACCACCAACAUCAUUACUACCAACACCAUCAGCAACGGUACCGGCACCGUCGACGUUAUCGACAGCUGCAGCAAACAAUCCCAGUCAUCACACCAGCCACCAGCAAUUGCGACGUCAGCAGUUUCCAGGGCGCAAAGCACAACGUCACCGUGGCCUACUAACCAACACUAUUUCCGCUUCCCCGGAACGACAUGGCGAUGACACGGCGGAUGCGUGUACGGUGGCACUGGUAACGGAACGGCCACUAGCUGCGGCAGAAAAUGAUAACGUGGCAACGGUUAAGCGCGAACAGCCAAGUGAUAACGGACAGUUGAAUAGUGGAACGGUGGACGAGAAGACUCGUCGGUACAAUCGCAUCAGCAUGAUAAUCAUUUACGGGCGCGAGGUGCUCUGCAUACUGGCCCUCAUUCUUACCACGUAUGCGACCAUCCAGAACAGUCCGCCGAAAAUAUCGAAAGCUCCGCCACCGGUUCCAUUCUUCUCGAAAGGAUCGCUAGUGAACGAUUGGCCAACGGGUGCACUCGGUACUACGCAGACCCGUGUUUCCGUAUCGGAACUAUCGCUCGUACUGUACUAUGCGCCGUGGUGCGCGGAAAGCCAAUUUGCGCGACACGCUUAUGAGCGGGUGGCUCAGCUGUACUACCGCGAGGCACACUUUGCCGCCAUCAACUGCUGGCAGCCGGGUGGUGAAUGUCGCGCACGGUACACCAAGGUGCAAUCGUGGCCUGUGCUGAUGGCCUACCAACCGAGCGGGUUGGCUGUACAGUAUCAUCAAGCAUGGACUACGGCAGCACUGUCCCGGUUUAUGCAAUCGCUAAUGCUGCCACUUCACCGUUUCGGCAGUCCCGGUGAUCUUAUGGAUCAUAUGACCGGGAAGGAUGCUGUAUUAGUCGCAUUUCUAGAUGUAGCACAGGACAGCAAACUUUACCACCGCUACUACCAAGCCUCAUUGAAAUGGCUUGAGAAGGAUCCGUUCCAGGAGGUAUCGUUUGGUGUAGUGACGGGACAGUCUUCCAAAUUGUUUGGCGUUGAAAAGGUCCCCUCGUUCCGUUUGUACCUGUGGAACGAAACUAUAGAAUAUGAGGGAAACAGUCCCUGGACACCGCAGGACCUUAUCGCGUGGGUUCACAAACAUCUGCACGUAGUGUCAAUGUGGAUUGCACCGCCCGGCAACGUUAAAUCAACCACUCUUGCUCCUUACUUACGUCAAGGUCCGGUGCUGAUGCUUCUUUCUCCUCGACCACUAUACGAGGACAGUUCUGAUGCUUACAUGAUGCUGAGACAGCUCAGCAUGCAGUACUACAACUGUCCGGGUGACGCCUGGAUAUUGGAAAUGGCUCGUGAAUAUAUUGCGGAACAACGAACUUCAAACGCAGCACGAUACGUCGAAAAACGUGAGCACUGUGUGCGUGUUCUAGGACGUCAUCCUUCCCAGGAGGAGGAAGACGAUGAAGGUUCGCCCGGAAGCCGCCGAUAUGGUCGCAGCAACAAGUGCAAGGAUGGGUUUAAAUCGACCGUUUCGGUAUCGUUCGUAAAUGUGCUCAAUUCUUCAAAAUUUGUCGAUGGUAAACCGGUGGGUGGAAAGCUUUCGGCAGAGGAGUACUGUGACAUUGCUCCGGCUGUCGGAUGUGGUAAGCACGAGUGCGGGGCAUUUGGACCGGAUGGAUCCCGUAAACCUAGCCUGAUGUGGCAAACGGACGGAUGUUCAUCGCGAAGGUAUAACGAGGUGAACACAAACUACGAACAAGCGCGUUCCAUCGUUACAUCCAUGAUCGAUUCGAAGCACGACUACCGAGGUCCAAAGUUGCUUGCGAGACAAAACCUUCGCCAACAGUGCGAGCUGUUACAGCUAGCGGAAGCGGAAAAGUCGAAUGUUUUCUUUAGCGAACCGGCACGACAGAAGGAAUCGAUGGAUUAUUACGCCGCAAUAGGAGGUUUGUCCUGUAAGCACAACAAAACGCUUACCUUUAUCAGUAUGGACAGCGGUCUGUAUCAUGCGUUCGGCGAACGGCUCGGAGUGGAUGUGCUAAAGGAACCUAACCGUACCGUAGCAUUUAUCGUCGAUCAUACCGAUGAGUCGGCGUAUGUGUUGCGUGAUCCGAUUAAUCUGAACACGUUGUCGAAAUUCGUGCACGAUUACUACAAUCGAUCGCUGGUACGCUUUCUAAGAUCGAAGAGCACGACCUACCAGCACAGUCACGCGUUCAAUGUGGAAUCGUUUGUGGCGCAGGAUCAGCUAUACCUCGAGCGGCAUCGAAUAUUACUGGAUGCGGCCGAAGCCAAAACUAAAGCGGAAGAAGCAUCUCAAAAGCAGGCAAAAGCAGCGAAAGGGAAACGAACAAAUGCGUCCGAAUCAGAACAGCCAGUGUCUCCCAGUGGAUCCGAGGAAACGGCAGAACGUGUUCGUGCUCCGCGCGUCUAUCAUCGUGUGAGAGAGAUUUACUCGAGCAACUUCCAGCGCACUGUACUCGACUCGAACCGCACCGUGGUGGUUAGCUUCUACUCAACCCAGUGUGCCUUUUGCUACAUACAAGCGCACCAUUUGCUCACGGUGUCGCGCAUGCUGCGCCAUCAACCGAACCUUUGGUUCGUACGGAUAGAUGGUGAACUGAAUGAUCUACCCUGGGAGUACACGAUGGAUGUGUUUCCAUCGCUUUUAAUAUUUCCGAAUGGAAGAAAAGCGGAAAGUCGCAUUUUUCCCGAAGCGUUAAAAGUCAACGUACCAAACAUAGUCGGGUUCAUCCUUUCCAACCUAGCACCGGCAGAACGAUUGCAUGCCACCUUUUUGCUCUGUUCCGAUGUGAAUAAUGCAUCGCUUAACGAUUGCUUGCAUAUGCUCAAGCGCGAACUCACCGAUGGCAUUCGAUUGAGUUUGCUUGAAUGGCGCCGACACCCUGCAAACCUGUGCGUACGCGAUCGAAUCGUCCGCCGGUUGCAGCUGUUAAAGCAAUCGUAUCUGGACACCCUGCGCUGUCUUAGUCAUUCCUGUGAUCUUACACAACUGGUAAACGUUAGGAAGCGAAUCCUUGAUCUGUGGACGGGUGAGCACUGUCGCAGCAGGGAAGGAUCGCUGUGAUCGUUACUUUUCGCCAAAAGGCAAUGGGAAAAUGUGCCGAAAUAAGGCUGACCGUGAGUGGUGUUAUGCGGCACUUGUUUUCGUUGUUAAUAUUAUUUUUCUUAUGUAGUAUUAUUUUACUCCGCUUACCCAAAUCAACCACUCUCGCGCGCGAGCAUUUGCAUAAAAAUAGAAAAGUUCCAGCUGUUUCGAUUUGAAAUUGUCACAUGUCAUGUCACAGGUCAUUGAUUAAAUUCGUGGUUGUUUUUUACAACCACGACACAUUUGGAUGCUAUUUCGGUUUAAAAUUUUCAAUUUAAAAUAUUUCGAGCUACUCGUGCCAAUAUCAACAAAGAAAAGAAACAUUACUUGUGAUCAUUUUGCAGUAGAAUCGAUUUACAAACAUUGAUAAAAAGUGCAUAAAUCUGGCAGUCUAAUUGAUCGAUUUUCUACCACAACAAAAAAAUCACCACGAAAUACAUACGAAACCCUUAGGAACUGUUUACUUAUCGGAGAUAUUCACCUGCGAGCCAUUUGUUCCAUUAGCUGAAAUAAGCAGAAACACUAAUCCACUAAUAUCAGAGUAUUCAGUAAGUAAAGUAAGUGAGGUUUCCUUUAGCGUUUUCAAACCGGUUUCCGUUCCACUAACUAAUCAACGACCCACUGGAAUCAAUAGUUCAGGAUGCUAGGAAUCAAUUUAAUCCAUAUUUGUUUGUGAUUUGUUUAUGUUUCCCUUUGGUGAAUUCUCGCAGUUAAAAUGAUAUUAGUAAUGGGGUAGGUAAAAGCAAGAAGGAAAAAGCCGCUGUUGUAUGCGGGUCACGAUGUGCGACACGAAUUCGUUCCCCUGUAAAUAACGCUAAAUUGGCGGGAGGUUUAGUGUGAUUAGAUGAAAAAAAAAAACAAAAUACAACAAAACAUUACAAUGUUUACAGUUGUGGUCCUUAGUCCUUACGGAAAGUUACUGCGCGAAAUUUAUGAUAAAAAAACAAUCCGAUACGAGGUAUUCGGAAGGUAUAGUCUAAUAAAGAGUAAUAAGGUCUUAUGAAAA